GGGUCCCGCCUGAUUAGGCUGUUUUUGGUCCGGUAGCGCGCAUCACCGCAUCUACCAUGAUGAUAUCUUGCCGACGAAACCGCGACGGGCGAUAAAAAACCGGAGGAGAGCCGCAGCUCGCGCGGGAUCGGUGGUGGGGCACCCGCGCACACACAUCCGUAGACCGAGGACACACCUGCUGUCGCCACGCGGGGGAGGGAGGAGGGGAAUGUCACCGGGCGAUGAAAAAUUUCAUCGCUCGCUAUCUCACUGCGUUUCCCGAUCCGGAACGAUGGCGCCGACAACGACGACAACGACGGCGGCGGCAACGGCGGCGGUGGCGGCGGGCAGCAGAGCCGGGCGCGUAGAGGAGAACGGUGCCCUUGCGAUGCUACGCUGACGACAUAACCCUCCUCGCGACGCGAGACGACGAAAUUCCCACGGCGACAAAGACCAGUCGCAUACCAAUAGCGCGCAAAUCCCCGUGUGCGUGCGUGCGUUCACCGCCCGUCGGCGUUCCUCCUCCACGGUGAUCCGACGGUCGGAUUAUGUCAGCGCAUCGCCUCCGAUGAUCCCCCGUUACCGGUUCUCCGCAUCGCCCGCUCGAAAACUCGGAAUUUACCGUCCUCGACGGUGCCUCGUCGACUUGGUUAGCUGUAUUCGACGUCAGGGACGAGCCUUCCCCCUGAUAAGCAUUUUCGGAGCACGUAACUCCCAGGAGAUCCGCAGGUGCAACGGGCACAGGUGCGGCGCCGACUAACGGAUAUCUCGCGGACGUUUCAACGAUGGCCGUUAUCGAUGCAUGAUAAAACAGCUGAUGGCGAAUCUAACCUGUCGAACUCCGAGACUGUGGAUUGCUACGUGAGCUCUUUUGCUAGUCCUAACGCUAAAGAAACGUCAAGACGCCAGAAACAUGACGACAACCAAUUACUUGGACUUGGACAUAAACAAGUUGUUCGAGCAGCACAUCAUUAAGGAAAUCGAGGAGAUUCAGAAGAAGAUUCAAUUGGAAAGCGAUAGGAAGAAAAUAGAAUUACGAACAUUGGUUGGGGAGAGAUAUCGAGACUUGAUAUUAGCUGCUGACACAAUUGGAAAGAUGAAAAUAACGUCUGAGAAAGUUACAGCAAGAAUCGCUAACAUAGAAGAUAAAUUUAGGGAAUUGCAAAAGAAAUAUCUUAUUGGUUUUAAGAUGGAGCCAAUUGAAGAUAAACUAGACAAAAAAGGACAUGUUUUCGACUCUGUCAUCAUCCAAAUUAAAAUCCUAAUGGACAUUCCACAAUACAUUUGGGAGAGCAUUGAGAAUCAAAAUUUAUUAUUCGCCACGCAGUUAUAUAUAAUAGCGCAACAUAUAAAUUACAGUUUAAUGUUUGAAGUCGGCAGCGCAGAGCUGUCGCAUAGAUAUCCAAUUGUUUCAAAACAAUGGGACGUUAUUAUGCAGUUUAAAAGCAUCAUAUCUAACGAAUGCAACAAGAUAUUGCAGUCGUUGGAUGUUUCAACUAUAAAUGCUGCAAACUGUUUGGCGUCUCUCGUGUUUUUGAAUGAAUCAUCGUUUGUGAAUCUUUUAGAAAGAUUAAUAUCCACAAGAAGUCAUGCCAUUGAAGCUGUCAUCAGAGAAGAGAAUCACGACAGUGUCAAAAAUAAGUUAAAGUCAUGCAUGAAAAUACUUAUACAAACUGUCCAUUUGAUAUAUUCAUGUUUUAUACAUGCAGAUAAUGCACCUGGAGGUUUAGUUUUACAAUUUAUAACAGACAUAAAAGAUCAAGAGGCAUAUUUUUUGCUAUCACAGCUGGAUUUAGAUCAAGAUUUACUUGAAGAGUUUUUGCCAUCCGUUACCAAGCAUCAUAAACCAUUCGUUCAGGAUAUACCGAAAAAUUUUUCUUUGUCAGCUCUUCAAGAUAGCGUUAAAUCUUGGUUGGAAUGGGUGAAUAAUUUUUCUAAUUUCGAGGUCACCAAAUUAUUAGAUUUAAUAGUUUCUAUUAAAGGCCUGUAUAAUGUUCGGGAAGAAGCUAUUAGUGUAAAUCUACCCGAAAAUUGGAACUCCAUAUGGGAGGAACUUUCAUUACCAAGAAUAAGUUUCUGGAUGGAAUUCUUUCAGCCUAUUAUAACUAAACGAGCAAAAUGUAUUAUUACGGAUAAAUGGACGGAUACUCUGGCCGAUUUAAAAUCUGAUAUAGUAGAAUUACUUGAUAAAGUAGCACAUGAUAAAUUUGAAUUUCCGGAACACGAUUUACGAUGGUUCGUUUGGAAAGAUUCCCCCACUGACAUUCCACAAAAGCUUACAAAGAAUGGUGAAUUGGAUAAUAAGAGAUCCUUGCUAAUGAAGGCUAAAGGAUAUUCCCCAAAUGUGAUAAAAUUGUGUGAAAAGUUUGACGAAAGUCUAUAUACACUAUUGUCCGAUCUUGAGCAUUAUUUAUACGAAACUGAACGAGUCGUAACAAUAAAAGAUAGUUUGCUUUCGGCGAAUGUAUCUUUAAUUGCGAAUUCAUUCUCCGAUCGUAAUGAUGUCCAAGAGCAUUUGCAAGUAAUUAGUACUGAAAAGAUCGAAGAUCUUGUACAAUUUAUGAAGAACACGUGCGUUAAUGACAAACCCAAGCAUGGUCAAAGGGAUAUAAACGCUAUAGUUUUAGCAAGAUUUCUCUUUGCGUUAACUACUUUGUGUCCAAAUUUAAACAAGUGUUUUACAUCGUCGAAAGUAUCUGGGCUUACCAUCACGAAUGUCAAGUGGCAAGCUGUCUGUGACAAUAUAAAGGAAGAAAGUAUUUGCAUGUGGUCCAUUUGGGCCAAUGUAUACAAAGUUAAAAUAUCUGAACAUAUGAAGAAGUACAUACUAAGAGAACCAAUUGAUGGGCUACGCGUCCAUUGGAUCGUCUCAGAAUGGGAGAAAGUUACCAUUGAGGAAGAAUCUGGAGAGGGAAAACGAAUAAAAUCCGAAAUUUUAAUACCGUAUCAACCAUCGAUACCUUUGCAAAAAUUCUUAACCGCUAUCUGUAAAGAUUUAAAUAAAAUUAUACCUCAUACGCUUCCAAAGAGAGUACUGCAGCAAAUUACCGAAAACAUUAUUACAGAAUUAUUUAAUUAUUAUCUUAACGCAUCUAAAAAUAUAGACCUCAGACAAAAGCAAGCGUUUCAAGUACUAUACGAUAUAAGAUACUGUACAUUGCUCAUGGUGCCUCAUGAAAACAAAAUUCUUAAUGAAUUAUCAAUCAAAACGUGUGAAGCUGUGCUUGCGAAAAUAGAUCCGUUCGAUUAUGAUGUCUUUAAUCCAUUUAUCCAUACCAACGUUAAAAAAUCCGUUCAAAGGUCUUUAUUGAUAUUUGGAAACCUGAUUAGUCACUUGGAACAAUUACAUUCGAUACUGGGUGCGCGCAACGAACACAUCGGCAAUGACAACGGAAGAACCGAACCACCAGCGGUACUUGCAAUUUGUACAGGAGCACCAUGGUUUCCACCAUUAACUGUAACCGCUCCAACAAGAAAUUUGCCAAUUUUGUCGGUGCCAAUACCCGAUAAAACGCAGCGUAAGAAAGUAACGAAGGAGCCUGCGAAAAAUGAUUCUACCAGUGCAAUAAAAUCCGGAGCGGCUGCAUUUUUUGGCGCGAUGGGAUCAGAUUGGUUUGGCAGUAGCAACUAACUAUUCUUAUUUUAGAAAUAUUGUAAAUAUUGGCAUAUAUCAUAUAUUGUAAAUAAUGUAUUAGUAAAAAAUAUCUUUUCACGAUUUAUUAACAGUUUUAUACCAAUUAAAUAAAUUAAUCUAUAAACAGAUAUUUUAAAAUUUAA